AUGGCUCCAUAUUUCUUGCGCAACAUCGUCCCCAGAAGGGAGACAAGAGCUGGAGCACGACCGUUGCUGACGGUUCUAAGAGAGCUGACAUGGGUUCAAUGGGCACUCUUCUUCUCUGGGUGGCUUGCGUGGACUUGCGAUUCAAUUGAUUUCUUCUCCGUAUCUCUGAGUGUAACGCAUCUCCAGACUCAGUUUAACAGAGACACCCACGAUAUCACGACAGCUAUCACCUUGACCUUGCUUUUCCGCUCGGUUGGCGCAGCUAUCUUCGGCAUUCUUUCUGAUCGAUACGGGCGUAAAUGGCCCCUUAUCUGGAAUCUUAUUCUCGUCGCAAUUCUUGAACUUGGAGCAGGAUUCGUUCAGACAUUCAGACAGUUCCUCGCUCUCAGGUCAUUGUUCGGAAUUGGAAUGGGGGGGAUCUGGGGAUUGGCCGCUUCGACCGCACUUGAGAACCUCCCAGUUGAAGCUCGUGGUAUCGCGAGCGGCUUCCUUCAAGAAGGAUACGCCGUUGGCUAUUUGAUUGCAGCAGUGAUCAAUCUUUUCCUUGUACCCGAAGUCAGUGCAUCAUGGCGCAGUUUAUUCUGGACUGCAUCAGGAAUCUCUCUUUUCGCCGCCUUCAUUCGCAUGUUGCUGCCGGAGAGUGAGGUUUUCUUGCGAGCGAAAGCUGCUGAUAUGGCAAGCGGUAGAGAUACCUCAAAGAAGACCAAGAUAUUCAUACACGAGACGAAGGAGAUGCUGAAGAGGCAUUGGCUCUUGUGUAUCUAUUCCGUCCUCCUCAUGACAGGGUUCAACUUCCUAUCUCACGGAUCUCAGGAUCUUUAUCCCACAUACCUUACUGCCUCCAAAGGAUUCACCUCACAUGACGCAACUGUUGCGACCAUCAUUGGCAACUGUGUAAGUGUGGGUGGCGUCUUUGCCGGAUGGUUGAGCCAGUAUAUCGGAAGGAGGUUAACAAUUGUUAUUCAUUUACUUCUCAUUGGUGCUUUUAUCCCUCUGUGGAUUUUACCGUCCACCUUCAGUGCUCUCUCCGCAGGAGCCUUCUGCAUCCAAUUCGGAGUCCAGGGUGCAUGGGGUGUGAUUCCCAUUCAAUUGGCUGAGAUGUCACCUCCAGCAUUCAGAGCAACCUUCCCUGGCGUUGCCUAUCAGCUCGGAAAUAUGGUCUCCUCCGCCUCGGCCCAAAUUGAAGCCACUGGCGGUGAUAACUUGCGAACCACGAUCAUCAAGAACGGGACGCCUACUGAUGUCCCAGAUUAUGCAACGAUACGUAGGAACCAUGGAUCACACUUCGAGAAAGCAAAGACUGCAUUUGAAGAGGGAGGUGGACGCGGCGAGAUGGUUCAAAAUGAGGCAAAUGACGGAAUCAGAAGGGAAAGUGAUAGUGAGUCAGGGGACGAAAAGCGAGGAAGUAUCAUCGAGGCGGAGAAAGCUGUGAACUCAAUCUAA